UUACAAACUGAAAUUGUCCUACAAUUUUUGGUGGACAAUUUUAGCUUGAAAAAGAAAAACAACGAAUGGUUCGAAUUCUGAAAGAGAAAAAGAGAAAAUAAGCCCCCUCCCCGGAUUCUACCUCUAACGUCCGUCUGUCUCUACAUCUCGCAUUCAUCUCCUCACUGACAUAAAGCAUUUCCCUCCUCUGAACCUUGCCGAUUGUGCUAUCUCUCUCUGUCUACCGCCGUGCCCUAGCCCAUCAGGUGGUGGAUCUCUUCCCAUGUUGGAGAGGGCAGUGUGGUACUAUUCGUAGUGCAAUGGUGUGGAAGAUCAUCUUGUCUUGCUUGAUGUGGUGUAUCUGGAGAGAAAGAAAUGAUUGUAGUUUUGAAGAUUGUGAGAGGACAGUGGAGGAACUAAAGACUUUCUACUUCAAAACCCUUUUCCAUUGGAGAGCUGCGUACUGAUUUCAAGGAUUGCUUUUCUGCUCAAUUUGUUUUGAAUAAGACAUGGAAGAAAAGCCAGAGGAAGUGGAAGAUGCUGAGAGCACUUCUGGUGAAUCUUUUAUUGAUGGCUCAGAAGACGAGGGACCAUCAACAUCGGGACAAGAUGAAGGAUUGCAUCUUGAGGAACCUUUGAGUGAGAAAGAAAUAGAAGAGCUAAUUGCUGAGUUCUUGGAAGUUGAGAGUAAGGCUGCAGAGGCUCAAGAAGCACUUGAGAAGGAAUCUCUUGCCAAACUGGAGAGUGAAGUUAGAGAGGAGUUGACACAAACUCUCCAGGGGGAAGAUUUGGAAACAGCUGUUGCAGAUGAAAUGGCUACUUUUACAGAAGAGUGGGAAGCUGUGCUUGAUGAGCUUGAGACUGAGAGUGCUCAUUUGCUGGAACAACUUGAUGGGGCUGGCAUUGAGCUACCAAGCCUUUUUAAGUGGAUUGAAAGUGAGGCUCCUAAUGGUUGCUGCACUGAAGCUUGGAAAAAGAGGGUACACUGGGUAGGAUCUCAGAUGACUGGUGAAAUUACUGAGUCAAUAGCUGAUACUGAGAAGUUUCUUAAAAUCCACCGGCCUGUUAGAAGACGACAUGGUAAAUUAUUGGAGGAGGGUGCAAGCGGAUUUCUGCAGAAAAAACUUGCUGGUGAUGGAAGCAAGGGUGCUGUAACAGAAGAUCCUGAUGGAAGCAAGGAUGCUGUAAUAGAAGAUCCCGUGGUUGAUUGGUGUUCUCUCAACAAAAUACUUUCUGAUGGCAUAGCUGAUGAUGAUACUUCGUUUGGCAGUAAGCAUUGGGCCUCUGUUUACUUGGCCAGCACUCCACAGCAAGCUGCAGUGAUGGGACUUCAGUUUCCUGGAGUCAAUGAGGUGGAAGAGAUUGAUGACAUUGAUGGCAAUUCUAAUGAUCCAUUUGUUGCGGCUGCUAUUCAAAAUGAAAAAGAGCUAGAUCUUUCUGAAGAACAAAAGAAAAAUUUUAGAAAGGUUAAAGAAGAAGAUGACGCACAUAUAGAUCUGAAGCUGCAAAUUCAUCUGAAACAGAGGAAACACAGGAAGAGAUAUAAACAGGUCAAUCAGAAAUAUGUUUGCCCAGUUGAUUGCGUGAUAGAAAGCAAUGUAGACAAGUCCACCUCUGACCUUGACAAUUCUAAUCCUGAUGCAUGCCAGAGUGUGAAGACUGAUGUUCUUGAAGGUUCUGAAAGUUCUAUUGAUCUUGGUGAGAAAAGACCAAUAAGUAAUGGUGAUUCAUUGCUUUCUGAGUCUGCAUUGCCUGAUUAUACUGAACCCAGAGGCUCCAAGCGUCCAAAUGAGAGUGAGGAGCUAAAAGCUGAUAACAAGAAGAGUCGGGCUAUUAUCAUAGAUAGUGAUGAUGAAACUCAUUUUGUAAAGGAUAAUUCAGUUUGCAAUGGGGCUAACGUGGACUCUCAAUCUGAUUCUAAAGAAAAAAUCAGAGACUCCGGUGCUGGUUCUGUUCCUUUGCUGAGUCCAAAUGAGAAGUUUGACUGUACUGCUUGUAGUAAAAUAGCUGUUGAAGUGCACCAACAUCCACUUCUGAAAGUAAUCAUUUGCUGGGAUUGCAAAUGCUUAAUGGAAGAAAAGAUGCAGGUGAAGGAUCCUGAUUGCUCUGAGUGUUAUUGUGGUUGGUGUGGAGGAAGCGAUGACUUGGUAAGUUGCAAAUCAUGCAAGACAUUAUUCUGUACCACUUGUAUAAAGAGGAAUAUCGGUGGAGAAUGCUUGUCUGAGAUUCAGACAUCAGGCUGGAAAUGUUGUUGCUGCCAACCAAGUGUGCUGCAAGGAUUGUCAUUACAGUUAGAGAAAGCUAUGGGAUCUGGAGAUUUGAUGGUUUCUAGCUCUGAUAGUGAUUCUGAUAAUUCAGAUGCCGGUGUAAAUAUUGCAUUCAGCUCCAAGAGAAGGCAGAAAAAGAAAAUUCGGAGGAUCCUUGACGAUGCUGAAUUAGGAGAAGAGACCAGAAGGAAAAUUGCAAUCGAAAAGGAACGUCAAGAACGUUUGAAAUCUUUACAAGAUCAGUUGAAAUCUUUACAAGAUCAGUUUUCUACCAAAGCUAAGACAAUUAACUCUGCAGGCUGUAUGGGGAAUUUAUCUGAAGGUGCUAAUGUUGAAGUGCUUGGUGACGCUUCAACUGGUUAUAUAGUGAAUGUUGUGAGGGAGAAAGGGGAAGAAGCUGUCAGAAUUCCUCGAAGCAUCUCUGCUAAAUUGAAAGCCCAUCAGGUUGCAGGGAUAAGAUUUAUGUGGGAAAAUAUCAUACAGUCCAUCAGAAAAGUAAAGUCUGGGGAUAAAGGUCUUGGUUGCAUUCUAGCUCAUACCAUGGGCCUUGGUAAAACUUUUCAGGUCAUAGCUUUCUUGUAUACUGCUUUGAGAAGUAUUGACCUUGGAUUAAGAACUGCACUCAUUGUUACUCCUGUGAACGUGCUGCACAAUUGGCGGAAAGAGUUCAUGAAGUGGAGGCCUUCAGAGUUAAAGCCUCUCCGCAUUUUCAUGCUGGAAGAUGUAUCAAGGGAAAGAAGAGCAGAAUUGUUUGCAAAGUGGAGAGCCAAGGGUGGUGUCUUCUUGAUUGGCUAUGCAAAUUUUAGGAACUUAUCCCUUGCGAAGAAUAUGAAGGAUCGGCACAUGGCUAGAGAAAUUUUUAAUGCCUUGCAGGAUGGACCGGAUAUACUUAUUUGUGAUGAAGCCCAUUUGAUUAAGAAUACUAAGGCUGAUAGGACCCAAGCCUUGAAACAAGUGAAAUGCCAGAGAAGGAUUGCAUUAACCGGAUCACCUCUUCAAAACAACCUCAUGGAAUAUUAUUGUAUGGUUGAUUUUGUAAGAGAGGGUUUUCUCGGAAGCAGCCAUGAGUUUAGGAACCGCUUCCAAAAUCCCAUAGAAAACGGUCAGCAUACUAAUUCAACUCUUGAUGACGUUAAAAUUAUGAACCAAAGGUCUCAUAUCCUUUAUGAACAGUUAAAAGGAUUUGUCCAGAGAAUGGACAUGAAUGUGGUGAAGAAGGAUUUGCCACCUAAAACUGUCUUUGUAAUAGCUGUAAAGCUUUCUCCCGUACAAAGGAAACUAUACAAGAGAUUCCUUGAUGUGCAUGGAUUCACUAAGGACAAGAUCUCCAUAAGUUUUUUUGCUGGGUACCAGACCUUAGCUCAGAUAUGCAACCAUCCUGGGAUCUUGCAAUUGACAAAAGAAGGCAAAGACUAUGUGGAUGACAGCUCUAGUGAUGAAAACAUAGAUUAUAAUAUGGUUAUUGGAGAGAAGUCAAAGAGCACAAAUGAUUAUCUGCCAGGAAAGAAUGGUAAUGGCCUUUUUCAAGAGGAUUGGUGGAAUGAUCUUCUUCAUGAAAGCAAUUUUAAAGAGCUUGAUUACAGUGGCAAGAUGGUUUUGCUGCUUGACAUCCUAACCAUGUCUUCUGAUGUGGGGGAUAAGGUAUUGGUUUUUAGCCAGAGCAUACCGACCCUAGAUCUAAUAGAACUUUAUCUUUCAAGAUUACCUCGAAGUGGCAAAAGAGGGAAGUUUUGGAAGAAAGGAAAAGACUGGUAUAGGCUAGAUGGAAGAACCGAGAGCUCUGAUAGGCAAAAGCUGGUUGAGAGGUUUAAUGAGCCCACAAAUAAGAGGGUGAAGUGCACUCUGAUUUCAACAAGAGCUGGAUCUUUGGGGAUUAAUCUUCAUGCUGCUAAUCGUGUAGUUAUAGUUGAUGGUUCUUGGAAUCCGACAUAUGAUCUACAGGCUAUAUAUCGAGCUUGGAGGUAUGGCCAAACAAAGCCUGUGUUUGCUUACCGACUGAUGGCCCAUGGAACUAUGGAAGAAAAGAUAUAUAAGCGUCAGGUGACAAAGGAGGGCAUGGCUGCAAGGGUGGUAGAUAGACAACAGGUAGGUAGGACUAUUUCUAAAGAAGAGGAGAUGCAUCUCUUUGAAUUUGGUGAUGAAGAGAACCUGGACACUUUGACCGAGCUGGGUAAAGAGAAUGGACGUACAAGGAACGAUAAUAUGACUGGCCAAGUUGAAAAUUCUCUUAAGCAGACAAUGCCACUUUCUCAUGGAAGCUGCUCUUCCGACAAUAUAAUGGAAAGUUUACUUGGAAAGCAUUAUCCUAGAUGGAUUUCCAACUACCAUGAACAUGAGACCCUUUUGCAAGAGAAUGAGGAAGAAAAGCUAUCAAAAGAAGAGCAAGACAUGGCUUGGGAAGUAUACCAGAGAACAAUGGAAUGGGAGGAAGUGCAGCGAGUUCCUGUAAAUGAAUCUGCAUGCGAGCAAAGAGCGGCAGUGUCAAGCAUGCCCCCUCCUGCACCUGAUGAGACCAGCAGCCUCUCAGAAUCCCAGAUGAGGAAUCGUAUGGUACAGCGGAAAUGCACUAACCUUUCACACUUGCUGACCCUUAGAAGCCAGGGCACCAAAGUGGGUUGCAGUACAGUUUGUGGGGAAUGUGCCCAGGAGAUAAGCUGGGAGGACCUUAACCGGGAUGGCAGAGUAGCAAGGUGAAGAGCAUGCCCUCCAUUUUAUUGAUACGUUGUUGAUCUGAUGUAAUUAGCUUGUGAUUAUAAAUGGCAAAAGCUACGAGUUCAAUGCCCUUUUGAGCACAAUAGUAACUUCUUUUUUUGUAGUUAUAGGUCCUAAAUUCCUGCCUUUAUUAUAUUCAGAGGUUUCUCCCUUUUGUUUGGUUAUGUUUUCCUUGUUUUUUUGUCGAGGGGCAAGGGUUUUUACUUUUGAAAUAGUUGUUUUGUGAUUUGUACUGGUGGGAAUUUGGCCGUUGUAAAUUUGAACUCAGUAUAAUAAACUCUAAUGAAAUUACUAGUCCCGUUUGUGGCAUUGAUGUUGUAA